AGUUCUGUAAAUGUUUUAGUUUCACACAUUUCUGUUGAUAAAACGCUUGUUAAGAACAAUUAAGCAAGGCACGAUAAAGAGUAUUCAUGCCCACAGUUUUGGUUAUCGUAGCAAAGGGUGAUUUGUUAUUUUGAUGAGAGAAUUUGACCUGAUGUGAUGAAAGAUCAACAUGACUAGUAAAUCUAGUAAGAAGAGAAAUUUGGACAAUGGAAAGGAAGACAAGUUGUGUAAGAAUAAAAAAUCUCGAAUUGAUGUUUAUGAUGUUGUUAUGCCAAGGGAAAUCAAAGUUUAUAGGUUUGCAGAAAGCAGGGCAUCAGAAAUCAAUGCAUUGCUUCAAAACAUUCAUCACAUAGGAGGAAACAGAGUAAUUUUCCAAAAGUUGCCUAGACAUUUACGUCGACGUGCUAUGAGUCAUAACAUCAAGAGACUUCCCCGGAGACUGAGAGAAGCUGCGCUUAUUGAGUAUAAAAAUAGGCCCGAAACUGGUACUAAAAGACCUAGUAGAAAACAUAGACGAAGACCUAAGAAUUUAUUAGCUGACUAUGUUAGAAGGCAGCGUAGAGUUAAAUGGCUUGAGACUCACAUUUGGCAUGCAAAACGAUUUCAUAUGACAGAAAAAUGGGGAUAUAAGUUACCUGUUCGACCUACUGAUAGAAGUUAUAGAGCUUGUUAUAGAGCUACAGUUAACCAUUGCCUUUUACAGGAUGUAUCUUAUGAAUGUUGUAUUGAAAUAUGUGGAUACGAAGAUGUUAUUAUUCAGUGUUUUAGUCAUUUAUUGACUAAUCAAACAGGUUCUACAAUAGGUGGAGCUGCUGUCAUCAAAGGGAAUCGUCAAGGGCAAAAUAUGCUAUAUAGUUAUGAACAAUAUCCUGAACAGGCAGUAGGACAGGUUUCUUUUCUCUGGAACCCUGAAGUUAUUAGCCAGCAGAAUAAACUAAGACAAGUUUGGCUCUGGUGCCACCCGUCCUGUUAUAGUGCUAUCUGGUAUGAAAUUACUAAUGCAUUCCAAUCUGAAAAUUUACUCAUGGAAUCUGUUAAGAUGACCGAAAAUUGUCUUUAUGAUAAGCAAGUGAAGAUAGGAGAAACAAUAAUAACUUCAUUAAAAGAUAAUUUAGUGAAAUUCCGUUUAACUGGCCCAUUGAGCCAUACAAUAUUGAUUGAUUCAUUGAAACCAGCACAAGUGGGUGGUAUAAACUGUCAAGAUUCCUGGUGGCAAAAAUACUAUAAAAGCAAGGCUAAACAAUCGAAAGGGCAAGUUGCGUUGUGGAAGGAGCUUCAGGGAUGUCAAUCACCAGCAGAGGUUCCACCAAGAAUGAUCUUGCCUCUUACAGUAAGGGAUCCUAGAUUAUUUCUUCCUGAUAAAAAGACAAAACUUAAACUGCAACUUGAAGGAUUAAACACCAAUGAUAUAAAAUCAUGUCUACCCAGUCCUGAUCUACUCAGUUCACCACUGUGGAAUCUAGAUAUUAGAAAAGAAGUGAAAGAAACUAAAAUAACAGAUGCAGAACUCAAUAAAAUGAGAUCUCAUCUUGUGGUUCCAGGUUCAGCAUUAGAAUUAGGAGAAAAAGAAUCAAGAAUUCCUGUCCUAUUGAUACAGAGACCUGGUAAUCAACAAUCUGAUGCAGGAAGAUUAGGUUAUGGUAGUGGAUGGGAUAUAGUAGUUCCAUCUGGUUGGGGAAUGGCUUUUCACAUAGCAUUUGUUUAUAGAGGAGGACGUACAGGGGGUCUACAAGAAGCUGAAAGUUUAAAUGCUGAAAUGGGUGCACUUCAUUCUCCCUCUGAUCAAAUAGAUACUCCAGCAGGCAAAGCAGAACAAACAAAAGUAGCUACUGAACUUUUAGAUAAAUAUAAAAGAUAUCCUCCUGAUAAAUGUCCCAAUUAUUUCAAGUUGGGUGUGCCUUCUCCAUUUUCAUGUUCUUGGAAUGGUUUAGUUAAAGCUUGGAAGGAUCAGUUUCAAGACACAUCAGACUUUUCUGACCAAUUUUAUGUUUUAAGAAAUAAAAAGGAAUUGAGGAAUAUUUCUAAAGUUAUUUCAAAACGUCUACCUAUUGCUGAGAGAAAGGAGGACCCUGAAUGUGAAGUAUUAGAGCAAAUGAAAUCAUUACUGAGUAAUCAUGUAUAUGCUCUUAUACCUGUUCAAAUUACUGUGCGAUAUAGAGGAAUUCCAUCAAAGUUUUCACAUGUCUGUAUCCCUUCAACUGACGAUCUGAAACUAUUAUCUACAAAUUCCAAAUAUGGUGGACCAACAGAAACACUUCAUGAAGAUCAUAAUAAGGGUCAACAGAAGGUGAAAAAUAAGAAAAGUAGACCUAAGAAAAAGAGAACAGAAUUUUUGCCAUCUGAUACUGUUGAUUUGACCCUGAAUGAUAGAAAAACUAUUGGCUUUGUUAACUGUGGACGUUUUGUAUUCGGACAGGGACAAGGGUCAGGAUUGGCAUUCUGUUCCCUUCUUGGACUAAAUGAAUUAAUGAACAGAAGUCCAUUUAAUGUUGAUUUGUGUGUAUUGAUAAGAAAUCCUACAUCUUUGCAGUACAGAUUUGCCUCUCUGUCUAUUCAUGUAUAAAAUUGAACAUAUGACUUAUUGUAUUGAACAGAAUUACAUUUAUAUUAUAACAUAACAUAUUAAAAAAAUUUAAGCUUGCAAUGUCAAAUGAUCAGAAAUUCAAAUACACUUAAAUGCAGCAUUGCAAGAUUUUAAAGGGGCAGUAUGUGAAACUGUCAUUAAUGAAAAUUUUGUGAAAAGAAUUCUAAAAUAUGUAUCUACUUGUCCAACCUUUAUUUUUUGUUGAAACCUUUGGAAUUAAUAGAAAAGAUUUUCUCU